AUGUGGAGGAUCAUAUUUCGCACUCUUAUUCUGAUUGAGCUCGCCACAGUAGACAGUCUGCUGGGCGCACUGGGCUCUGAUAGGUACAGCGAUGCCCAAGAUGGGAGCAGUGGCCUCGUUGCACUGGUUGAGGAGAUUUUGAAAGUCACCAUCAUUAAAAUUGAGUCCGGAAGUGGUCAAUCUGUUAGCGAUCCCGAGCUCGCAGCAGUAGACACUACCACAGGUGCUGGCACAGGUGUUGUCCUGAUCAUCCUGGAUUGUGGGAGCGGCAACGACGACAUCGAAGAAAGCGAGGAUGACGGCCUUGGCAAACAAUUUGAAUUUUCAUCGAGACUUUCCCCUUCAAUCGAGAUAAUCGGCUCUAUGUUUUACCACAUGAAUGUGAAGCAUGCUGGGAUUGUUAUAGACAAGCUAAUUGACUGGAAUUAUGGACUGUUGCUCUCCACGUGA